AUGGCCUCUAUAAAACCACUAAUACUAUCCCAUUACCACCUUCCCCUCUCUUCUUCAUCAUCUUCCUUCACAAUCCAAAAACCAACGCACUCGCUCUCACUCUCCCCGCGUCUUCUCAAUCGCCCCAUCCAAUUCCAAUCAAAAACCAUAUCUUCUCCUCGCAUUCAUCUUCUCCCCCAACCGCUACAUGUUUACGUCACGGGACCCGCUUCCGACCCGAAUAUCGCCGAUACGGAUCCGAAACUCGACGGGUUGCGGCAAGAGGAUUCACCCACACCUAGGGUUGUAACGUGGGAGCUUCUCUCUACGCUUCUCAUGAAACAUAAAUUUCGUCUUGCUGUUUGUGUAGGUUCUCUCUUGGCAUGUACCACCUGUACCCUAUCCAUGCCCAUUUUUUCAGGGCGGUUUUUCGAAGUUCUUAUUGGUGUUAGACCUGAGCCGUUGUGGAGUCUUCUCAGUAAAAUGGGAGUUCUGUAUGCUCUAGAGCCAAUUUUUACAGUUAUUUUUGUAAUAAACAUGAACAUAGUGUGGGAGAAAGUUAUGUCAGCACUAAGAGCUCAGAUCUUUGGAAGACUAUUGAUUCAGAAGGUUGAGUUUUUUGACAAAUACAAGGUAGGUGAAAUCACUGGUUUGUUAACAUCUGAUUUGGGUUCUCUUAAGAACAUCGUCGGUGAGAAUGUUUCAAGGGAUCGCGGAUUCAGGGCAUUAUCUGAGGUCACUGGGACAAUAUUCAUACUUUUUACUUUAUCCCCUCAACUGGCUCCAAUUCUGGGUGUUCUGAUGAUCGCAGUUUCCAUUUCAAUUGCUGUCUACAAGAGAUCAACUUUGCCUGUUUUUCAAGCACAUGGGUUGGCCCAAGCUUCUAUAUCUGAUUGUAUAACAGAAACAUUUUCUGCUAUUCGAACAGUGCGAUCCUUUACUGGAGAAAAGCGGCAAAUGUUUAUGUUUGCUAACCAGGUUCUAUCCUUCGAAUCGAGUGGUAUAAAGCUUGGAACUUUCAAAUCUAUAAAUGAAUCCUUAACUAGAGUUGCUGUUUAUAUUUCUUUAACUGCGCUAUAUUGUCUCGGAGGAAGCAAAGUUAAGGCGGGUCAACUCUCUGUUGGAACUAUGGCAUCUUUUAUUGGAUAUACUUUCACUUUAACAUUUGCGGUUCAAGGAUUGGUUAAUACAUUUGGAGAUCUUCGUUCAAGUUUUGCGGCUGUUGAGAGGAUCAACUCUGUUCUAUCUGGAGUUCAAGUUGAUGAUGCCCUUGCCUAUGGCUUAGAAAGAGAACUGAAACAAAAGGCAGUGAACGAUGAGCACUAUAAAUUGUUCUUCUCUAAUAGUUCUGAUGAGAAAAACCUAAACAGCCAUUUGCAUUACAUGUCAGCAUUAAAAACAUCAAGCAACGUGUUUAGUGUAGCUUGGUCUGGAGAUAUUUGUCUUGAAGAUGUGUAUUUCUCUUACCCCUUAAGGCCAGAUGUGGAAAUUUUAAGCGGCUUAAAUUUAAGACUAAAAUGUGGAACUGUAACUGCACUGGUGGGCGCUAGUGGUGCAGGUAAAAGUACGAUCGUGCAGCUACUGUCUCGUUUUUAUGAGCCAACAAGAGGUUGUAUAACAGUUGGUGGAGAGGAUGUCCGAACAUUUGACAAAAGUGAAUGGGCCCGGGUUGUUGCUAUCGUAAAUCAAGAACCUGUUUUGUUUUCGGUGUCUGUUGGAGAAAAUAUUGCAUAUGGACUUCCAGAUGAUGAUGUUUCUAAAGACGACGUGAUUAAGGCAGCAAAAGCAGCAAAUGCUCAUGACUUUAUAAUUUCACUUCCUCAGGGAUAUGAUACACUUGUUGGUGAGCGCGGAGGCCUACUGAGCGGGGGACAGAGGCAGAGAAUUGCCAUUGCCCGAGCUCUCCUGAAGAAUGCUCCCAUCCUAAUACUUGAUGAGGCUACAAGUGCUCUGGAUACCGUCAGUGAACGCUUGGUUCAAGAUGCUCUCAACCAUUUGAUGAAGGGGAGGACAACAUUAGUCAUAGCUCACAGGUUAAGCACAGUUCAAAAUGCUUAUCAAAUUGCACUCUGUUCAGAUGGGAGGGUUGCGGAACUAGGCACUCAUUUUGAGCUGUUGGCUAAAAAGGGCCAGUAUGCUUCACUGGUUGGCACUCAAAGGCUUGCAUUUGAAUAA